ACAAGUUGUAUUAGGAGCUCUAGCUACUCUUGAAGGAGUUACGGUUACAGAAAUUCAUAACCGAUUCGAUCUACCAUUAUACGAUAAAGAUGGAUGAGGAAAAAAAAAAAAUGGCGCUUGUCAACAGCGCUUUACCCACUUUAUACCAACAUUACACAACUGGAGGAAUUGUCACAGGCUUAAAUGCAGAUACUCCACAAUUCACCUUAAAUAAUCGAAAUAUUACAAUCUUCAGUGGUGCAAUGCAUUAUUUUCGUGUACCACGAAAAUAUUGGCGUGAUCGUCUACGUAAAAUGCGUGCUGCUGGCUUAAAUGCUGUUGAAACGUAUGUGCCAUGGAAUUUACAUGAACCUGAACCGGGGAAAUAUGAUUUUGGAGAGGGUGGAACAGAUUUUGAAGAUUUUCUGCAUGUGCAAGAGUAUUUGAAAAUUGCACAAGAGGAAGAUUUAUUAGCUAUUGUUCGACCUGGUCCAUUUAUUUGCGCUGAAUGGGAAUUCGGUGGACUUCCUAGUUGGCUCUUACGUGAAAAGGAUAUUAAAGUGCGGACUUCUGAUUCAAAAUUUAUGGCCCAUGUGACUCGCUUUUUCAAUGUUUUAAUACCUUUGUUAGCUGCAUUACAAUUUUCAAAAGGUGGUCCAAUUAUUGCUGUUCAAGUUGAAAACGAAUAUGGAAGUACGGGAAGUAAUGAUAAACCUUAUUUACGUCAAUUGAAAAAUUUAUUACAAGAUAACGGUAUCGUAGAAUUACUGGUAACAUCUGAUGGUCCGUUUAGUGCUGAAAUCGGAACGUUACCAGGAGAGGUGCUACAAACAAUUAAUUUUAAUGGGAAUGCUGUUAAAAGUUUGGAUAAUUUACGUAAAAUACAACCGAAUAGACCUCUUAUGACAAUGGAAUAUUGGACUGGUUGGUUUGAUCAUUGGAGCGAGAGUCAUCAUACAGUAUCCACAAAAAAUUUUAGACAAGUUUAUCUUGAUAUUAUUUCGUAUCCAGCAUCUGUAAGUAUGUAUAUGUUCCAUGGUGGCACUAGUUUUGGAUUUCUGAACGGUGCGAAUAUGGAAGGUGGUCAAACUGAUAACGGUGGACUUCAACCAGAUACGACCAGUUAUGAUUAUGAUGCUCCAUUAACAGAAUCUGGCGAUUAUACCGAAAAGUAUGAGGUAGUUGUUGAACUUGUGGGUCAAUAUAAUCCUGAAAAAACACUUUUACCAGAUCGUCCAUCCGAAACACCAAAAAUUGUGUAUAAUAGUUUAGAAAUCAUCGAUGUUUUGGAAUUCUCAACAGUUUUAAGUAAGAUUGAUGGCAUUCCCAGCAAAAAUGUAGUUUCUAUGGAAGAGUUACCGAUAAAUAAUAAUUCGGGACAAAGUUAUGGAUAUAUUGUUUAUCAGAAAAAGAAUUUAAAUAUAAGAGCAAAUUCAGUUUUGAAAAUUCAAGGUCGUGUUUGCGAUACGUUAAUUGUUUUAAUCAAUGGACAACGAAUCACCGAACCACUGCUUAAAGCUGAUCAAUUAAAAGGAUUUGGUUAUUGGAAAAAAAAAGAUGGUGAAUUAAAUUUAGGUUCACAAGACUACGAAAAUGCCACAUUAGAAUUAAUUGUAGAAAAUUGGGGACGAAAUAAUUUUGGUGGAUUAAAUCAAUUCAACCAGAAAAAAGGAUUGUGGCAAGGGGAUGUAUUAUUAAAUAAUUCAACAUUGGAAAAUUGGACCAUUUAUCCUUUGGAAUUCCGAUCAAGUUGGACAAACUCUUUAUCUUCUUCGAGUUCAUGGAAACGUUUCUCUGAUUACAAGCAAUCUAAAAAUGAGAAAUCAGGUCCAAUUUUAUUAAAAACAAUUCUCAAAAUUGAUAAUCCUGUUGCUGAUACGUUUAUUGAUUUACGUGAUUGGGUGAAAGGAAUUGUUGUUGUAAAUGGUUUUGUGUUGGGUCGUUACAGUAUUAUAGGGCCACAAUAUUUCUUAUAUUUACCUGCUCCAUUGUUAAAAUCUGGCGAUAAUGAGAUUAUUAUUUUCGAACAUUUUACGCCAAGUUCGAAAUUAUCGUUUAGUAAGUCCCAGAUAUUUAACAAGAAAAAGUGAUACUCCACAAAAAGAUAAAUACUUUUGCCAUUCCUAGUUUUUUUUAAGUAUUUUAAAAUUCCUAUUCGACGUUGAAUUGUUAUGCAAAGUUUGCCUUUUAGUAUCAGCCAUAAUUUACUUUGCCAGGUUAAGCAUUGUAAUUUCGAUAUCCAGGGUUGAAUUGUUAUGCAAAGUUUGUCUUAAUUUGCCAAGUUAAGCAUUGUAAUUUCGAUAUCCAGGAAUUUAUUAUAAAUAGUACUUUGAUGUAAGGAUGACUUAUACUAAAAGGACGGACUCUUAGCAAAUCAAUGUCCAUCAUUGAAGGUGUGUCCUUUCGAAAGACACGCCUUGCGGGGAGUUCAUUAUUAGUUUUAAUAAAGAAUUUGAGUUUUUUU